UGUCAAAUUAGCGGUUGUCGAGAAAAAUGACUAUGACGGUAGAUGAGGUCGAUUUCAGUCAAAUAUCGUUUGGAGAGGAAAACAAGCUGAACACUUACGGUACUAUAGUUCCUGUGAAGUACGCCGGAAAAAGCUUCAGUGUGUGCUUGGGAGACGCAGACGUCAAAGUGAUGAGAAACAAAUUUAACGAAGCUAAAAUUAAUCUUAUUGUGAACAAUUUAAGCAGUGGCUCUUGUGAUUUUCUAGAAAAGUUAGAUUCGUUCAUGGAGAAGAGCGAAGUAGUUGUGAGUCACAAACGCUGCGUAUAUUCCGUGUGCAAGAGAGACGAUGCUCCGUUGUUCGCGGAGAUUACGUCCAUGACGAAUAUUUGCAACGUGGCUGAUGAUAAACGUCUAAGCUUGGAAGCUUUGAACAGCUACGGAGGAUGGUUAUCAGCAAUCCCUGUGGUCAAUUUUUCCUGUCUGAUGGUGAUUGGGAACAAAAUUAGCUUAAAAAAGAGAGUAUCUGCUCUCUUAAUAACAAAACUUGUUAAGAACGAAUACUCUGAUUCUUUUGUUGAGUCUUUGAAAUCGAAGUAUCAGGAAGAGAAUCCAGAGGGAAUUGAAGAGUUAAAAGACCAAAUUAACAAGCAAUUUGUGGACACUUUGGAUUUUGAUGAGCAAUAAACUACUGUUGUGUCCUAACGA